AUGUUCGUUAAUGGACUUCGUGUUCGGUUGUUGGGGUUAGGUUUCUUCAGAAGUACCAUGACUAUCGAGAUCACGACUUCGUAUGCUCGUGAAUUGUACUGGACGGAUUCGUCUAAAAGAAAAGGUACAGUAAAAAGGGCUUCGUCGAAGGUGCGCCUCUCCGGCUGGCCAUUGCGUGCACAGAAGUCCAAGGACGCGUUUGGUUAUUUGCGUACUAGGUUUGCCAGGUCCUGCGGUCGUCUCGCCGCCCAACGGUCGUUCCGAGAGACGCGCCUGUUCGGCUGGGCCAGCCCACCGCACCUCGGCUAG